CUCUCUAUCGAGCGGGAAACAUUAUUGCCAUUUGCCUCUUCUCUCUCAUCUUUCUAUCUCUUCUUUCUCUCUCAUAGCCUCGUUGCUUCCCUCGCCACUCUUCAGUCUCCACACGCCUUAGCCUUCCGUCCUUCCGUCUCUCUACUUCCUGCUGGGUCUUCCUCCUCUUCCUCUUCUUCUUCCUUUCUUUGUCUCUCACCGAUCAUGGACGCUGCAUUCGAUGGAUUCUCCAUAAGGGACUAUACCUCCAAGAUGAGGUCCAUCGACAUCUUCAAGUGCUGGCCCUUUAGUACCGAUGAUGUAUCCAGAGAGGAUGUGGAGUCUUGGCUUCCUCCCAUGGUUGUUCCGAAGGCUCAGAGCUGCGGCGAGGAGGUUGAGGCUUCGAGAUCCGAUCGCGAUGACGAUGAGAAGCCGUUGGAUGAAGGAAUUUCCAGAAGCGAUGGCGAUCAAUUUGUGAAAUCGGAGGAGAGGUUGGAGAUGGUUUGCCCGGUGUGUCGAGUUUUUAACGCUGCCACUCUGACGGCAGUAAACGCGCACAUCGACGGAUGUCUCGCGCAAACGAUGAGGGAGGAGAGGCGGCAGAUGAAGUCGAAAUCGAAGGCGCCUAAGAAACGGUCCAUUGCUGAGAUUUUUGAAGUACAGGAGCAGGAGGAGCAGCCAAAGAUUGAAUCCGUUUUGAAAUUCUGGCCGUUUCGUGAGAAUCCAGAUGAGGUGUCUAUAACGGUCACUAAGUUCAAGUGGUGGUCUCGCCGGCUCGAGGCAAUGAGAUCCAACAAAACAGACGGUGAAAUUUCUGGAAAUGACGCCGAAUGUGUGAAAUCGGGGACUUCAGUUGCUGCGGAGGAGGAAAAAUCGGAUAUGGUUUGUCCUGUUUGUCGGGAUUUCAACGCCGCAACGGUGACAGCGGUGAAUGCUCACAUCGACAGUUGUCUUGCGCAGGCGAUGAGGGAUGAACGUCGGCAUAUGAAGAUGAAUUUUAAGACGAAACCCAAGGCUCCCAAAAAGCGGUCGAUUGCUGAGAUUCUAACGGUGGCACCUCAGAUCAAAGCGACGGAUGGUGAGGUACUUGAACUCGACAAAGAAGAUGAGGAGGAGAAUAAAAGGGAGCAUAAAAAUGAUUAUAAGGGUGUGGAUUCAAGUGGGGUUGAGGCUGUUUCCGUAGUUUCAACAGUCAAGAGCAAGAAAAGUACAAACAGGAGGAAAAAGAAAAGAAUGAAGAAGCCAAAGAAGAAAAGCAUGGAGGAAAAUUAUAGGGUUGAAUCAGUGAACAAUGGGAAGAAGAUGAUGAUGAAAAAGAAAAAGAAGAAAAAGAACGAGUUAAUUGCAAAGAAGGAAGUUGCUUAUAAGCGCAAGAUGCAAACUCCAGUUAGUAAUCCCAGAAAACUGAGAGGUACAAUUGAUAAUGAAAGGGUUGCACUUGAUGAAAUUGAUACUUCAACUCAUAGAAAGAAAUCAAGUUUGAAGUCCUCAUCUGUGGAAAGGAAGCAAAAAGUUAAAAGCUCUAGCUUGGUUGGAAAGCAACAAAAGGAAAUGCCUCCUGUUUGUGGCAGUCUUAAGAAUCAAACGAAAGAUAUUUCUGAAAGGACCUCAAACGAUUGGGAUCUACCAGAUGUUACUGAUGAUAGCCAUUGUGACACUCAAGUUAUAAUAUCAGACGGGCAUGUGAAAUUUUUGGGUAAGGAUGACAUGCUUGGUCACUCAUCUGAUGAAACCAUGUUCAGUGUAUCCUCAGAUGUGCCAGGUACAGCAUCAGGGAAGCUACCCUCUGGAAGUGAAGAAGCUGCUUUUUUGGAGGUAAACAGAAGUGAUGAGCACAUUUCCACUGAUAUAAAAAAGAAAAAGGAAGUCUGUCCUAUAGUUGAAGAUGAAAAGUUUUCUACUACUCCUGAACAAGUUUCUGGACAAUGUUUGUUGCAGUCUUGUACAAAUAAGGAGAAGUCAAAGCAUCUUGUAGAGAAGUCUGAAUCAUUAACGAAGGCUGCGCAUCAUGAUAGUAAAAGUCCGCACCUCUUUGAUAGAGGCAACAUGACUACAGUUCCUUAUUCUUCAUACACUGGCACUCCUAGAACUCUUUAUGCUCCGCAACCAGGGAAGAUUUGCAGUGUAAAUACUCAAACGUGUGACUUUGAAGCUCUCAGUUCCUCCGUUAAGUUUGUUGAUCAUGGGAAGGAUCCAACCCAUCAGAUUUCCAUGGUAAACUCAAAGGCAAGUAUAAGGACCUUUUUGGAGCCUUCAUCAUCUUAUUCUGCUUCAUGUAAUGAAUCUAAUGACAGACCUCAGCUUCCAUCACAGUUUUAUGGAGAGUAUGAUAACAAUGGCCAACCUUUGCGUGCCAAUCCAUUGCCUCACGUGUUUUUAACUGGUAUGGUUGAUAACUCAUUCUCCCUUCCUGGUUUGGCGAAAGCAAAUGUAAGAAAUAGCUGCUUGGAUGAGAGCAUUUUUGGUUUGCCACUGAAUUCACAUGGUGAAUUAAUUAAUUUCAGUUCAAGUGGAAAAGUUGGGAUGAAUCAGCCGCAGACUUUCAGUACAUCAAGAGUUUCUUGCAGUGGCUUACCUGUUAAUAAUAUUGUCAGUCGAGAACAUUUAAGCAUUAAUGAGAGGGGUUUUGUCGAGGAAACACUCAUAAAAGAUUGUGAAGAACCAUCUCCACAUUAUCCAGCCAGGUUAGGCGUUACUGAAUUACAAAGCAUUGAAGCAGCAGAUAUUCGCUGGCCUAAUUCUGAUAGCAGUUCCAUUUCCAAUCAUUUUUCUUACUCACUUCAUUCAGAGUUGAACCUAAUGAGAAACUCAUUCAUUGAGCAGAAUCAACACAAGCAGGUUCAAAAGCAAAAGGGAAAUCAGAUGAUUUAUUUAGAAGAAAGUUCAGAUCCUGUUUCGCUUAGUUCCAGCCAGCCAACAAUGCGAUUGAUGGGUAAAGAUGUUCUGAUAAGUAGAAACAGCCAUGACAUGAAACAGUUUGCAGAAGAUGCUUGGGCUGAUGAGGUUUCCAGAAGAAGGACUUGCUCAAAAGAUUUAGCUUUAGAAAAUUCUCCCGUGGGAAGAUGUUCUAAGCAAAAUUUGUUUUCUGGUUCAUCAUCACAUGUGUCAACUGAGAAUAUCUCAGAGUCAGUGAAAAUCCAGAACAAUCAGGCAUUGCAAAGUAGUCAUGGAGCUCAAAAUGGAAGCCUCAGAAUCAGUAGAAAUGCUAGUUCGUGUUUGCUUCCAGUUGUUCAGGCACCUCCUACAUCAUGUGGAGUAUUCAAUAGGGCAGCUCAUGACUUGCCAAAACAUUUUACUUCUGGAGCUAAACCUCUUGGACAUGGUCCUCAGGCAGACGGACUAACCAAUUCUUGCAAUUUUGCACAACCAGUAUUUGGAUUUCCCUUCUCGAAUCCAAGUGUUGAAGAACAUGCUCAAACAUCUUGGUUUCCGGGAUCCUAUAGAAGUUUUCCCCCUUGGUUGUUAAACUCAGCUCAUGAAAAGCCACCUGGAACGCCUCAGCAAUUUUCUGGCCUGAGCUGUAACAGUUCUCCUCGCAAUAAAUGGGGAGGAAAUUUUACUGCACCUUUUGUGAAUCAUUCAGCUGUAGUAUAUCCUCCGAAUCAUUUGACUUCUCAUGAUCAAAUGAAGACCUCACUUUGUCCAACUUCAAUUGUGCAACCUCCACCUGAUCCAGUUACAUUUGUUACUAAACCAUCCUUUGCUAUAAAUAGUGGGCGUAGAAGCGUGAUUAAUUUUGCUGACAGAGUGAAGUUGGAUGACCUGACUAUUGAAGAACAUGGAUUCAAAAAUAGCAGGAAGAGGCCUGCAGCUAAUCUUGAUGAUUCCACGACAUCUUUCAUGUUGCCUAACAUAGAAGUGCAAGAAAACUUGAGUUGUAUGGCUGAUCUGACACGAGGAAACCAAAGCGCCGAAAUACAACGGAACACAAGAGCAGUUGAACUUGAUCCACGUGGGGAUAGUGGAAGAAAAUACUGUCGCCAGAAUGGGGCUCUGAGUAUACAUCCUAAAAGCCAUCCGGGUGUUGAAUCUCUUAAACAGGUUGGUAUGAUAUCUUCAGGUCCUAUCAGACUAAGCCCAGGAGCUAAGCAUAUCUUAACACCCUCACAAAAUUUGGAGGAGGAUAACUCAAAACUGAUCCACUCUUCCGUUCCCAUUGCUGCAACUACUGACCGUGGUUGCUUGAACAGGUGGGAAUUUUGAUAUAAUACCGCCCAGUCUUUUUGAUCGUUCAGCUAUAAAUUUGUGAAACUUUUAUGGCCACUUCAGAUUUUUAUCCCCAAAGACGUUGGUUGAUGAUGAUGCUAUUGAUGAUAUCUCGUUCGGAUCACAGGUAUUCUUACAUUUGGCAUCUGUAAAAUGACAUGGAAAUGGUUGCCUAUCUCGCCAUUCUAAUGCUAAACUUGACGAUAAUUUUUUGGCAUGCUAAAACGUAGUAUAUUUUAUGUAGAGUUUACUUGAAAAUUGUAUCAGAAACUGCUGGUGUCGCGGUAAUUUUAUAGUUAUAAUGGAGGAGAUUUACCCUCCAUCCUCCAUAUCUCAAAAGA